GGGAUUUGAAAGAUUAAAAACUCCCGGUGGAGAGGGCGGCGGCGUUGGAUGUGUGGCGGAAGCGCUGGGGGCCGCGGCCGGGCCGCCGGCGGCGUCUCCACAGCAUGAACUACGCGGGCCGCGGCUCCCCGCGGAGCCCCGAGCAGAACGGCCGGGGCGGCAGCGCCUGGGAGCUGGGCUCCGACGCGGGGCCGGCGUUCGGCGGCGGCGUCUGCUGCUUGGAGCACCUGCCCAGCGGGGACCCGGGCGACGGCAGCGUGCCCCUGACCCUGCUGCGCGGGGAGCCCGGGCUGCACUUGCCGCCGGGCGCCGACGACCACGACCCCCGCCUGGCGCUGGACCCCUGCCUCAGUGACGAGAACUAUGACUUCAGCUCGGCCGAGUCGGGCUCGUCGCUGCGCUACUUCAGCGAGGGCGAGAGCGGCGGCGGCUCCUCGCUGCACCCGUCGCCGCCGCCGCCGCUGGGCCCGGCGAACUCGGGGGGCGGCGGGUCCGGGGAGAGGAAGCGCGCGCGGCCCGGCGGCCCUGCCGCCCGGCAUCGCUACGAGGUGGUGACGGAGCUGGGCCCGGAGGAGGUGCGCUGGUUCUACAGGGAGGACAAGAAGACCUGGAAGCCCUUCAUCGGCUACGACUCGCUCCGCAUCGAGCUCGCCUUCCGGACCCUGCUGCAGGCCACCGGGGCCGGGCCCCGGGCCAAGGCCCCGGCCGGCGACCAUGUGUGCGGCCCGGCCUCCAGCUCCGGAGAGGAAGACGACGAGGACCGCGCCUGCGGCGGCUUCUGCCCGCGCGCGGCGAGGCACGAGCCCGCGAUGCAGGAGCUGGUGCCCAUCGAGCCGGUGUGCGUGCGGGGCGGCCUCUACGAGGUGGACGUGGUCCAAGGAGAGUGCUACCCCGUGUACUGGAACCAGGCUGAUAAAAUACCAGUAAUGCGUGGACAGUGGUUUAUUGAUGGUACUUGGCAGCCUCUAGAAGAAGAAGAAAGUAACUUAAUUGAGCAGGAGCAUCUCAGUUGUUUUAAGGGUCGGCAGAUGGAGGAAAAUUUUGAUAUUGAAGUGUCAAAAUCCAUAGACGGAAAAGAAGGCAGUGGAAUCAACUAUUCUGUCGUCUACCACCUCCCUCCCUUCUCCCUCCCUUCUCUGUUCAAAUGGAGAGGAUAUAAGGAGAAUACAGAUGCGGCAGGUCUUAAAAGAAAGCGUUCCCAAGCUAUUCAUAGUUUUAAAUUGAGUCGAAACCAUGUGGACUGGCACAGUGUGGAUGAAGUGUAUCUUUACAGUGAUGCAACAACAUCUAAAAUUGCAAGAACAGUUACCCAAAAACUGGGAUUUUCUAAAGCAUCAAGUAGCGGGACCAGACUUCAUAGAGGUUACGUAGAAGAAGCCACGUUGGAAGAUAAGCCAUCGCAGACCACCCAUAUUGUGUUUGUUGUACAUGGCAUUGGGCAGAAAAUGGACCAAGGAAGAAUCAUCAAAAACACAGCCAUGAUGAGAGAGGCUGCAAGAAAAAUAGAAGAAAGGCAUUUUUCCAAUCAUGCAACACAUGUGGAAUUUCUGCCUGUUGAGUGGCGGUCAAAACUUACUCUUGAUGGAGACACUGUUGAUUCCAUUACCCCUGACAAAGUACGAGGGUUGAGGGACAUGCUGAACAGCAGCGCCAUGGACAUAAUGUAUUACACCAGCCCGCUUUAUAGAGAUGAACUAGUUAAAGGCCUUCAGCAAGAGCUGAAUCGAUUAUAUUCCCUUUUCUGUUCUCGGAAUCCAGACUUUGAAGAAAAAGGGGGUAAAGUCUCCAUAGUGUCACAUUCCUUGGGCUGUGUAAUCACUUACGAUAUAAUGACUGGCUGGAAUCCAGUUCGGCUUUAUGAACAGUUGCUACAGAAGGAAGAAGAGCUGCCUGAUGAGCGAUGGAUGAGCUAUGAAGAGAGAAAUCUUCUUGAUGAACUGUAUAUAACAAAACGACGGCUGAGGGAAAUAGAAGAACGGCUACAUGGACUGAAGGCAUCAUCUGUAUCACAAACACCUGCCUUAAGAUUUAAGGUUGAGAAUUUCUUCUGCAUGGGCUCCCCACUAGCAGUUUUUUUGGCAUUGCGUGGCAUCCGCCCAGGAAACACUGGAAGUCAAGACCAUAUUCUGCCUAGAGAGAUUUGUAACCGGUUACUAAAUAUCUUUCAUCCUACAGAUCCAGUGGCUUAUCGAUUAGAACCAUUAAUACUAAAACACUACAGCAACAUUUCACCUGUCCAGAUCCACUGGUACAAUACUUCAAACCCUCUACCUUAUGAGCACAUGAAGCCAAGCUUUCUCAACCCAGCCAAAGAAUCUACCUCAGUUUCAGAGAAUGAAGGCAUUUCUGCCAUCCCAAGCCCUGUGACCUCACCAGUCUUGUCCCGCCGACACUAUGGAGAAUCUAUAACGAACAUAGGCAAAGCAAGCAUAUUAGGGGCUGCUAGCAUUGGAAAGGGACUUGGCGGAAUGCUCUUCUCAAGGUUUGGACGUUCAUCCACAUCGCAAGCCUCCGAGACCUCAAAGGACUCCCUAGAGGACGAGAAGAAGUCUGCCUCACCGUCCACAACCACGGUGGCAACCCAGACCCUGCCACAGAGCAGCUCUGGCUUUCUGGAUUCUGCGUAUUUCAGACUUCAAGAAUCGUUCUUUUAUCUCCCACAACUUCUUUUUCCGGAAAAUGUAAUGCAGAAUAAAGAUAAUACCCUCGUGGAGUUGGAUCACAGGAUUGAUUUUGAGCUCCGAGAAGGACUCGUCGAGAGCCGCUACUGGUCAGCUGUCACAUCGCAUACUGCCUACUGGUCAUCCCUGGAUGUUGCUCUCUUUCUCUUAACAUUCAUGUACAAACAUGAGCACGACAAUGAUGCAAAACCCAGUUUAGAUCCAAUCUGAACUCUUGAAGGACAUUCAUGGCCCAAAACUGAUUUUUUUUUUUUUCUGUUCAAAUGGUGUGUGUCAAGAUAAGGAGAUUUCAGGGCUGAGUCGUUUCAGUUUUAUUUAGGGGCAAGAAAUAUUUGAAUUUAAAAGCACUUUAUUUUAUUUUUUUUUAAAAAUGUUUCCUGUCCUAAAGAAGUUAUUUAUAGUUUGCAUCAUUUCGAUUAUGAAUCUGACAGAACCUCCUGCAGAGUGAUCACACAAAACCUGGAAAAGAAGAAAGUUUGGGUCAACUGCAUGUGAACGUCACAAAUCACAAUCCGACUUUGCCCAAACAUGAAGGCAUAUUGAUGGAUUGAAUCUAAUGUAUUAACCAAAAUCUGUUAGAAAUCUAAAAUGGCCAAGGUCUAGUGUAUUCUGUGUAAAGAUUACAAGUGGUAUCAUUGUUUAGAUUUCUAUGAAAGCUUGCAUUUCCACAAUUCCUUUAAAAAAAAGAAUAUAACAGAUUUAAAAUGUUUUCAAUUUAACUUGUUUAAAGAAGACUAAUACUUAAAAAGAAACAAUA